GACCUUGUCACCUUGUCACUCAUCACCCGUCACUCGUCACUCGUCACUCAGAAAAAGUCUUAAUUCUUGUUUUAUGCUUUCUGUCAACGAUCGUACCUGCAAUUUGCAACCUGUACUUGUAAUUUGCACUUUCCGAUUUUAAUCAUGUCUUUUUGAAAUCGACUCUUUUUCCUCUCCUCGUUUUAUCCCUUUCUCCUAAAAAAAAACAACCAAAAAAACCACAAAAACAACAACUUAAUAAUGUUUCCUGGCGACUUUUAACCCAAUCAACCUCAUCUACUAUAACUUCAACUCCAACGAUGCGGCACUGCACUGGUAGCAACCUCAGCGACGGGAACCAUACAGACCUACAAGUGACCCGCCUCAAUGCAGCUGGCCGAAGUAGCACGAUAGACUAUCACAACAGCCUCCUCGAUCAGGCCCGGCAGCAACACGAGUCGGAGCAACCUAAGAGACCGCAUACGCAUCAAUGCCAUCCUACCCAGAACCACUCGCUUGGUUCAAUUCGACAAUGGCUGCCAUUAUCUAGCAUUAAGAGACAGAGAACCUCAGGAAACAACGACAACCCUGAGAGGGGAUGCAAUAAGAAACCAAAGAAUGAAAAGGAUAACAACAAUCGUGAACUGGCGCCACCGCCACAUCCACAUCUUACUAGAAAAGAUAUCGAGGAAUUUGAGGCUCUUCCGGUAGCCAUUAGACGAAAGUAUUUCUCCACCUUGGAACGUUUGCGUCUCGCUCAAACCUCUGGCAUCCUGGACCCCCCAUCCGACGCAUUCAGACAUCAUAAAUUUCGCGGUGCCUCUCUCAGCGCUGCUGCCCCCGGCAAGCUAUUGGACCGUCCCACAACCGCUCCUUCUCAUCGGGGCCACGCUGCUUCCGUUGACUUAGCCUUCCUUGCUAGGCUUCCCGCUAAGGUUAGGGAAAAGCAUCUGAGUAGAGAAGAGCAGGUUGUCAUCGCGAAACGCUUGCGCCAGAGCGUUAUCCUUGAUGCUGCUGACGAAGCUUUCUUGAAGGCGGGUCGUCUUGCGAACAGACGCCCUACCCCUCCGCUCUAUCCACCUACGCUGUGCUCUUCGGCGCGACCAAGCAUGGAGUCUUUGCGGAGUGACGAUGCUUCCCCUAAGGCGCAUGAUGCGCUUUACGAUAGUUUUCGAUGGCUAGAUGAGGAUGAGGAUCUUGAUCUCCGCCUCGCUCUUGAUGACUAUCAUGUAAAUCUGAGAGAGUCUGUGCCUAUGCCUCCUAAGGAAUCAAGACCUCCUUCUUUUCGUCGUCACUUAUCUUUUUCCAAGAUUCCAUUUGGGCGGCCGUCUAUCUCCUCAAGUCGACCUGCAACAAAGGAUGCAGCACCUCCUACCGCCCACUCAGCAGCGCCCAGCCCAAUCGCCUACUUGCCACCUGUAAGGCGAAAAUCUAGGGCUCUAUCUCUGAUUACGCCGAAGCAUGUUGCACACGAGUCAAUUUCCUCGAUUGACCCUGGCGCGGCUCACUACCAGGAUCCCGAAGCGCGCCUGAAGUUACGAGUAUACCUAGCUUCGCCGCAAAAGUUCGAUGAAGCAAUCGAGUUCGGGUUUCCAUCAAAUGACCCCCCACCAGUAGGCGCAUACAGGGAUCUCCCAAGCUCCCAGGACCAAUCGCGCUUGAUAUUCUCUCCCGAUUCGGAAAAAUUCAAGACGUUCCUCUCGGAUGAUCGAUCGUCUACUUACAGCGAGGAUGCAUCGCUGCCGGACCCGGAGUCACCUAGAACUCCAAACACGCUAGAUAAGCAUGUCAAACCUCUCCAGCUCUCCGCCGUCACCGACGACUAUUCCUCGAGACCUUCGGAAAGCUAUGCGCAAGUGCCUGCAGCUUCCCGCGAAAUGACGCUGCGCAUGACGCUAACGCGACCCGAUUUACGAGCUUGCGAAGACCAUAUAUACGGGUGGCAGAAGGGAUCGCGACAGUAUUCAAGUAAACCAGCUCAGAUUUUAGCCUUGCAAGAAGAAACGCCUACAUCUAUGACAUACGUCAGGGACGGUGCUAAAGACAGCAUGGAGAAGAUUUUCGCCGACAUCGACCAGGAGCUUGGCCCUCCCGCUUCUACAGACAACAAUGUCAUGAAGCGCAUCUGGAAUAGGGUACGGCGAGGCUAGAGAAUCUUCCUCUAUUUAUUUUUUAUUACAAAGAAAUGCACGACUCUUCGCGCCCCAGGGUGUCGAUGAAACUGAUGACAUCGGAUUGUGAUACUUAUGCCCACACUGGCGUUUAUGUACAUGGAAUCAAUCAUUGCCUGGAGUUUUAAGGCGUUGGGUUUGUGGUGUUCUAUCAAAUGACAUGGUAUUAAAAUGUUAUUUAUUCUUCAGAGGUCGGUUUGUUUGCAGCCGGCUAUGAGACAUGCGCUAGGGAAAGAGUUGGUUGGUGGAUGCACGAACUGCAAUGGAAACGCAUCACAUUCCCCUUUUGCUACCCUUCAUUUGACUUGGAAGAUGUAUAUGAUUGCAACUCCUAGUCUGGAUCAAAUAUAUUAUAUUCCGGCCGAGGCACCCUAAGCCGUGCGGUCCCCAUCUUUACAAGUUCUUUGUCGCCGAAAACUGAUGAUUGAAGACUGAUAUUUGAAAUAGUGCCAGGUAUCUAAACCAAGGUAGGUAGGCAUGUAAUAGUCACUAGGUACCUAGUUACGUACAUAUGUAGGUACCGACAUGGUACCUAGGUAGGUAC